AUGAGCAGAAUAAUGAUGGCUGGAGCCAUGGUGCUGCUCUCGCUUGCCGCUCCGUCGCUCGCACAAGAGACCUCCCAGCCAUGCGACGCCGACACGUUCCAGAAUCUGACUCUGUUCGGCGGCGAGAUCCUCAACAUCACAACGCAGAUUCACACCAACCUCACUUUUGGCCCCGAAUCCUUCCUGACCCAGACCAACCAGUUCCCAACCAACAUCACCGGCCUCGACGUUUGCGAAGUCACCGUCACGUACACGCACCCGGGCCAGAAUGACACCAUCAAUGCCCUAAUGUGGCUGCCCCAAUCCGAAAACUGGAACGGCCGCUUCAUGGGCAUCGGAGGCGGCGGCUGGGCCACUGGUUCGGGAGUCGUCACGCUUCAACGGCCCGCGGCAGAUGGGUACGCCGCCAUCAUCACCGACGGCGGGCACCCGAUGGUGCCACCCGAGAGCGAACCGCCCUUUUGGGGCUUGACGAGCACUGGAAACGUCAAUUGGGCGCUUCUGCAGGACUUUGCGGCGGUUGCGCUCGAUGAUGCCGCGACGCUGGGGAAGGGUAUCGUCAGGGCGUUCUAUGGCCGUUCGCAGGACUACUCGUACUGGAAUGGGUGCUCGACGGGUGGAAGGCAGGGGCAUAUGAUGGCUCAGCGCUAUGCGGAUCAGUUUGAUGGCAUUCUGGCGACGGCGCCGGCCAUUAAUUGGAACGAGUUUCUCAUCGCCGAGUAUUGGCCGCAAUUGAUCAUGAACGAAUUGGGAGAAUACCCGAGUCCCUGCGAGCUCGAAGCCGUCCGCCUAGCGGCACUCGAGGCCUGCGACUCCCUAGACGGCGUCGAAGACGGCGUCAUCUCCUAUCCUGGCCAAUGCGACUUCGACGCGAGCACCGCAGUUGGCAAAGUCUACAACUGCACGCUAACCGGCGAGAACGUCACCGUCACCUCCGCCGCCGCCACCGUCGCCAACGCCACCUGGGCCGGCCCCGUCGACGCCAACGGAAACUCGCUGUGGUACGGCCUCACCCCCGGCACGACAUUCGACGCCCUCGUCAACAUCAGCUGCACCGACGACGCCUGCGUCGGAAACCCAUUCAGCAUCCCCAAAGACUGGAUCAGCAUCUUCCUCGAACGCGACCCGGACUUCGACAUGACGACCAUCAACCGCACCUCCUUCGCCAGACUGAUGCGCCAGUCUGUCAACAGAUACGACUCGAUCACCGGCACCAACGAUCCCGACCUCACCGACUUCCGCGCCGCGGGCGGUAAAUUGCUCACCUGGCACGGCCUGGCGGAUCAGUUGAUCUUCCCGAACGGCACGUCGAGCUAUGCGGAGCGGGUCAAGGCGCUCGACCCCGAUGCCGAUGAGUACUACCGCUACUUCGAGGCCCCUGGUAUCUUCCACUGCGGUUCCGGGCCCGGAUGGUUUCCGGGCGACGCCCUGCAGAGUCUGGUCGACUGGGUGGAGAAUGGGGUUGCGCCGGAGGUGUUGGAGGCGAGGGCCAUUCCGGAUAUGUGGCCGGGGGUGCCGGGCGGUGCGACGGAGAUGAGGAGCGCGAAUCUGUGUCGGUAUCCGAAGGUGAUGGUCUAUAAUGGGGGCGAUCCGAAUGUGGCGGAGUCGUUUGGCUGUCAGUGA